AUGCUGAGAACUCUGAUAUUUGCCUGUGCGGCUCUGGCACUGGCCUCGGCCGCUCCACGGUCGCUGCAGGGACGCGUGGUUGGUGGUGCUGAUGCGACAAUUGGACAGUUCCCGCAUCAGAUCUCGUUGCGCUACACGGGCUCACAUAUUUGCGGCGGCUCCAUAAUUUCACGGGAAUACAUACUGACCGCAGCGCACUGCGUCACCGAUGAAUUGGCCAAUGGCACAAUGGUUGUCACACCGGCCAGCGUGCUGAGCAUCCGCGCCGGCAGCCUAGAUCGCUUCAGUGGGGGCAUGCUGGUCAAUGUGGCGGAAGUGCUUGUGCACGAGGAUUACAACAGCUUUUGGAAUGAUAUGGCGCUGCUGAGGCUGGAGAAGGCGCUCGUGUAUUCCAGCCAGAUACGCGCCAUACCACUGGCCAGCGUGGAGACACCUGUGGCCAGCCAGGUGAUCAUCUCCGGCUGGGGCUUGCUUAGCACCAAUGGCGAUCUGCCCCGCCAGAUGCAGUGGAACACGCUCAGCUCCAUAUCGAGGCUCAGCUGCAUCACCGCCAUCGGCGUCUACAGGGAGAGCAUGCUCUGCCUGGCGCACGAGCAGGGCAACGGCGCCUGCAAUGGCGACUCUGGCGGCCCGGCCAUUUUCAAUGGAGAGCUCGUUGGCGUUGCCGGCUUCGUUGUUGAUGGCUGCGGCUCCGCCAAUCCCGAUGGCUAUGCCAAGGUAUUCUACCAUCGCGAAUGGAUUAUCGAGCAUGCCCAUUUGUAAAUCAAUCGACGAAUAAACUAAUUUAACAGUUGU